AUCGUGUUGUAGUGUGGUACUAAAGUACUUAUAAGUUAUAACUUACGAGGUGCAAAUGUGCAAAAUAUACACAAUUUAACAAUAACAAUAAAACAAUAAGUUAUAUAAUUCCACUUAUACAUUGUACUGCCACUUGACAGUUUUUAUUAUGUUAUCUAUGGUCAUUGGUCAGUUGUUGUCAUCGUAAUACUACCGCAGGGCACAGAACAAUACUGUACUCUGUAGUAGUGAAGUAGUGUACCUAUAGUGUGUGCUGUGUAGUCACAGUUUAAACUAUAAAGAAUAAUACUAUUUCUUUAUGCUGUAUGUUACAGUGAGUUACUGAGUAUAGUGACUCAGUAGUCGGUUCACGGUUGCAGUCAGCAUUAUAUUAUUGUCUCCCCGUUGAUGUCUAUUGUCUAUUAUGAUGAUGAUAAUAAUAAUAUGAUACAUUCUGUUUUAUGACUUAUCAUCGUGCUUUUUCGUGUUCGAAAUAAAUGCGAACCGAAACUCGCAUUGCUAUUGACACACUUCUGUUAAUUUAAAACCUGGUGGCUAGUGUUAAUCAACAAUUAUUAUUCAACCUCAGAACUAUUGGACAUUGUUCGGAAAUCACGACUGUAUCAACGGUUCCUAUACCAUUGCCCGUCCGAUCGGUGGCAUAGCAGUACAAACUGGAUUCCUUCGGCAACUUUGAAGAUGAAUAAGACGCGAACCAUUUUCAUUUUGGACGCGGGGGCGUUGUUUACCCUACAGAUAUUGCAAUUCUUCAGUCUGGACUAUUAUGUCAUGGUUGUGUUCCAAGACACAUGGUACUCCAGAUAUCCAAACACACUGUUCCUGGUGCUCAACAUAGUGUUGACAUUACUGUUCUACCAUACUUUCCUCAACUGUUACAGAGAAUACAAAUAUGAACGUAGUAAGAAGACAGGAGAUCUAGUUGAAUGCAAAGCCAAGUAUCCCGUGUACCUAAACUGUAUCACCUGGGCAACGUAUGUGACCGUAUUAUUCAGCAAGAUUGUAAUGAUUUUCUCCAACAAUGUCAUCUCGUUGGUCUCCAACGAUGAUUUCAUGGGACCACAAAUGCUCAAGUUGCUCAUUGGUGUUUCCGGCAUUGUAUUUUAUUUGUUGAUAAGUGCUGAAUGUUUUGGACGGCAAGUAGAUCGUGAUAAAUGGCCAACAAAUGCGUGCAUCAUUGAGAUUUUUGAUUCUGUUGAAAUAUUAUCGAUAGUCAUAGCAUCAGACGUUAAAAUUGGGUACUUGGAGUACUUGAUCUACAUUACAGCCUUUUUAAACUUUAUGUUACCAUUAUGGGUACUGUAUAAUGUAUCUCAGCCUGACGUUGAUACCAAGCCAAUGGGACUUCCGCAACCAGUAUGUUAUAAUUUCAUGCAUUUAAUGUUAGUUCAAAUGCCUUUUUUGGGGAUACGGAUGUAUAUGUGGAUUGUGUUCAAUCAAAAUGCCUCAGUGUUCAUUAUGAAAAAUCUGUUACAUUUAUUAUUCUUUUUGCAUUCACUAUACCCAUACAUAAAAGAAAUAUCUAAGAAAAACCAAUAUAGCCCAGAAACUUGUCAUGAUGAAGAUGUGCCAGAAAUUCUUUUAACUAAUCGUAAGCAUGAUGAACCCAUUGAGUUGCUUUAAAUGAUUAUGUGUUUAAUAUGAUAAUAUAAUAACAUGACCAACUAUUGAAACAAAAGGGAUUUAUUUUUAGAUAAUAAUAAGUACCUAUAUUGUGUAAUACAUUUUAUUUCAAAUAAUAUACUUAUAGUGGGAAUACAAUAAUAUAUAUUUUAUUAAAAUUAGUAUAAAAUAUAGUCCAAAUAUAAGACUUAUUUUACCUUAUUAGUUACACAAUUAUUUUUGUUGUAAUAUAAAUUUAACUUUUGGUCAACAGUAGAAAAAAAUUAUUAUUCUAGUCUAAUCUAUAUCUCAUUGGCUUAAGUUUGUAUUUUAUAAAUUGGAAAACUAAAUUUCUUUUAAAAGACUAAAUUUUACAUUAACUAAUAUAAUAUGAUAAUACAAUUUUAUAAUGUUUAAUCUACACAGUUAAUUUGUAUCUCAUAACCACAAUUUGAAUUGUAUUUUUUACUUUUUUACUUUUUAUGUAUAAAUUAAGUGUUCAAAAAAGACUAAAUCUGUAGUUUAAGCUUAUAUUAUGUUUAAAACUGAUUCUCAAACAUUAUGACAAAUAUAAUUAAGACUGAUAUAUAUUUUAUAUUUUUAUUUAAACCUUUAUAACAUAUCAUUUUGAUCUUAUUUAAGAUGGAAUUUUAUAAGUUCAAUUUUGUUUUAGUAAUUAAAUUGUAUACAUAUUUUUUUUCCUUGGUAUAUUAGACUACAUAAUACAUUUUAUUAAGACUGUUUUUUAUUAAA